CCAGCCGCCGCGCCGCCGCUCGCGCCGCCUCGCCUCCGCCCCCACCGCCGCUCCCUCGCCAGACACGCCGCCGCCCGCCCGCCUGCUCGACCUUCCCAGGGAGCUCCUCGAGCGCGCCCUCUCCCGCUGCGACCCCGCCGACAUCGCUCGCGUCGCGGCCGUCUCGCUACUCUUCCACGCCUCGCUUGCGGAGGAGGGCAUCCGCUUGUGGGCGCAAGAGCGCGGCUUCGAGCUGCCGGCGCAGCCAGAGGGCGAGGGCUGCGCCGUGCGGUGGCUGUGCUGUUCGGCGCUGCUGCGCGAGUCCAACGCGCCGGCGAGGGUGUCAGCAGGCGAACGGCACAGCGUCUUCAUCGACGGCGAGGGGCGGCUCUCGUCGUGCGGGUCAGCGGCAAGGGAGGGCGAGGAGGAGGAGGAUGACGACGACGAGGAAUUUCCAGGCCUUCUCGGCCACGGCGAGGGCGUGACGCAGCUCAACACGCCGACCCGCCUCCCGUCAAUGCUGGGUGACGAGCGCGCCGUGAGCGUGGCGGCUGGAGCAUACCACAGCCUCGCCCUCACCGCCGACGGAUCUGUGUGGAGCUGGGGCGGUGGAUUCUCUGGCCAGUUGGGCCACGGCGACGAGCAGGACCAGCUGCUGCCCAAGAAGAUCGAGACCUUUGCUGGCCGGCGCGUCGUCGCUGUGUCGGUUGGGCUGUACCACAGCAUCGCCAUCACUGCUGACGGCAGCGCCUGGAGCUGGGGCGAUGGAGACUACGGCCGGCUGGGCCACGGCGACCAGCAGGACCAGCUGCUGCCCAAGCAGGUCGAGGCCUUCGCUGGGCAGCGCGUCGUCGCUGUGUCGGCUGGAGCCCGCCAUAGCCUCGCCACCACGGCCGAUGGCGCCGCUUGGAGCUGGGGCCUUGGAGGCGCUGGCCGGCUGGGCCACGGCGACCAGCAGCGCCAGCUGCUGCCCAAAAGGGUCGAGGCCUUUGCUGGGCGGCGCGUCGUCGCUGUUGCGGCUGGAGGCAUCCACAGCCUCGCCAUCACCGCCGAUGGCGCUGUCUUGAGCUGGGGCGAUGGAGUCUCUGGCAGGUUGGGCCACGGCGACACGCAGAACCAGCUGCUGCCCAAGAAGGUCGAGACCUUUGCUGGCCGGCGCGUCGUCGCUGUGUCGGCGGGAGAUCGCCACAGCAUCGCCAUCACCGCCGACGGCGCCGUCUGGAGCUGGGCUAUGGAGCCUCUGGCCAGCUGGGCCACGGCGACCAGCAGAACCAGCUGCUGCCCAAGCAGGUCGAAGCCUUCGCUGGGCAGCGCGUCGUCGCUGUGUCGGCUGCGGAAUACAAUAGCUUCGCCAUCGCCGCCGACGGCGGUGUUUAUGCUUGGGGUCUGGGCGAACGCGGCUGCCUUGGGGCCACGGAGAGGACCUGUCGCACCAGCUGCUGCCCAAGAAGAUCGAGCGAUUCGGGGAGAGGGGGCUGGGGCAGUGAGAGGGUUUGCUCGCGAUAUUCUUAUAGUGUGUUGAG